AUCAGGCAACACCGGCCACAGGUGAUUGCAUUUGUUUUUUUCUAUAGCGUGUGUAAUAUAUAGGUUUUUGGCCAGUAAUUAGAGCUAAAGUCAUGUCUCGGUUAGCAUUAUUGCGCAAUUUUGUCCACCACAGACACAAGUUGCUACCGAGCAACUUAGGUCGCCUGAAAUGUGCGGCUCCACUGCACUGGAGUCCACUGUUAUGGCAGGAAGCAUCGCGCGAAGGGUCCCGUGGCGGAGCACUACAGCAAUCAAAUGGCCCAAGUCAGGUUUCCACGGAUGUACGUCCCAUCGGCGAGAAGAUUAAGGAGAACACAAAAACAGCUAGCUACACGGCAAUAAUUGUAGCCGGCUUGGGGGUCACCUGUGUGAUGUUCUUUGCCAUUUUCCGAGAGCUUUUCUCCUGCGAGAGUCCUAAUAACAUUUAUGCAGAGGCUCUUAAUCGCGUCAUUGAGGAUCCCCGAGUCCAAGAUGCGAUUGGAGCUCCCAUUAAGGGAUUUGGUGAAACCUCCCGGCGGGGACGCAGACAGCAUGUGGCUCACUCCAGCUACGAACGGAAUGGUAAGCCACAUAUGCGAAUGCAGUUUUAUGUACAGGGCUUGAGAAACAAGGCCACUGUUCAGCUCGAGUCCCGAAAGUCGGCCUCUGGGAAACGCGAGUACCGGUAUCUGUUUGUGCAAUUGAAUCAUUAUCCCCACACUACCAUUGUCCUGGAGGACAACCGAGCCUUUGAUCCCGUUCCUGAACCAGCGUCUUCCGCCGCCAGCACGUCAUUUGGGAACCUUGCGCUGAUGUCUAAUAGUCGAGACAAAUAAGAGGCUCGCUUCAGCAUUCGAAAAAGAAACCGGAAAAGUCUGUAUGUAAAAGCCAAGAUGGCAGACAAGCAGACAGAUACGGCGGAAGAUACACACACAAGCGUAGUUGGAAUUCAGCUCACGGCCCCAGGACAAUGCCAGCUCUGCGCCCAUAUAUCCUUUUUCAACGAAAUUUCAGCUUUCACUCGUUUCGCGUACGUGACCGUGUUGCCACCAAGGAGCUGUUGAAGUGGCAAAUUCGCACAGCGCCACCAACCUUUAACUGGAAUGGGAAGUGGUUGGUAGGUUUGUAUGAUGGUGGGUGGCUUGUGGGUGGUGCGGGUCAGAGUAAUGGCUGUUGUAGUUGUAACGGUAGCUGCUCCAAAAGGUGGUGGUAGGCGGGCGGUAAUGCUGUGUGCGCCAGGUGGGGCGCUGGCAAAAAGUAGCAGUUUAUUAGGCGCACCAAAUUAACAUAGGACUACUAAUGACUUCCAAGGCAAACUAACUAACAGGACGAAAGGAAGCCAUCAAGAGGAGGAAAGAGGGUUAUAAGGAAGGGAAGCUGUAAUAAAGUUACCUGAAAAAUGUGGUUAGAAACGCAACAGAAAAUAUAAUCAAGUUUUAUAUAGUAGACCAUCUUUGUUCUGAGUGAAUUGUUAAACUACUCUUCUAAUUUAAUUAUAGAAAUUUAAAGUUUAAUCAAUUAAUGAAAUGUUACCCCAAAAACUAUGCUAUACAAUUUGCAAGCUGUUAAGAGCAAUAAAAUUAAAAUAAUUGUUUUCAA